AGAGAAAAGGAGUGAAGACCUGAUGAAAAUGUUUUCAAUGGGCAUGCUGGUGUUGCUGCUUCUGCACACUUGUGCGUAUUUUAUUAUUUUUUUUAAUCUUUUUUUUUUUUACACUGCUUAAUUGGAGAACAGAAUUGAAAUCUGCAAUUAUAGACUAAUAAUAUGAUUUGUAUUUCAAGCUGUGCCCAGAUUAUUAAAAUAUACUGUAUGUAAGGACUUAUUUUUUCACUGUUAAAUAAAGUUCACACUUUUUUUGUAUACAGGUGAGACUUUACAAGUGCUCCAGGAACAAUCCUCAGUGAUGGCUAUUGCUGGGAGUGCCAUGUCCUUUCACUGCACUAUAGAUGCAAGGUUCAGAAUGAGCAUCUACACUAUGCAAUGGUACAGGCAAGCGUAUUAUGGCGCACCUGUACAGUUCCUUAUGAUGGAGUAUGAACAGGCCACAAAGAAAAUGAAAGUUGCCAUAGUCCAAGCUGAGAAUAAGUUCAGCUUGCACAUUUCAGACCUGACUCUGCAGGACAAUGGCAUUUAUUACUUGUACUGUGCCAAUGCCAAUCCAGCAUACUUUGGAGCUGGAACAAAACUCACUGUUUUAGACCCAGAUAUUACAAUCCAAGCACCAACUGUCACCGUGCUAAAUGUUUCAAAGAACGAAGUGUGCACAAAGGAAAACGUCACACUGGUGUGUGUGGCUAAAGGUUUUUAUCCUGACCAUGUGAAUGUGUACUGGACAGUUGAUGAUGAAAAUCGUACCACUGAUGUUAGUACAGAUGAAGCUGCCGUCCAAGGUUCUGACAAGUACUACACCAUCAGCAGCAGACUGAACAUCAAUUACAAGACGGAAUGGACUAGAGGCAAAACAUUCACCUGUAUUGUCACCUUCUAUGAUGGGAAAUACAAGGAUUAUAAGGACAUUAUAAUAGGACCAAAACUUACGAUCGACGGGGAUAACUACGAAACAUAUGUUCGAUCAGUGAAAACAACUAUGCUGGCCUAUGGCAUGUUCGUUGCCAAAAGUAUUGCAUACGGCUUAUUCAUCAUGUACAUCGUUAGGAGACAGCCAUCAGUGCCUUUAAGCUGGUGUAGUUUAUGUCAGGCCUUGUGUCAGCGUGUCAGCUUCGCCGACUUGAAAUUUGGCCCUGGGACGAGACUAACAGUUUUAGAGCCCAACAUGACCAUCACCACUCCAACAGUAAAGUUGCUGCCACCUUCUCCGGAUGAGCUCUGCUAUGCCCAGAAAAAUCGGGAGAAAGUAACUUUGGUGUGUUUAGCCACAGAUUUUUAUCCUGAUCAUGUUAGCAUUACUUGGCAAGUGAAUGGGAAGGAGAAAAAGAAUAAUGUUGCGACAGACCAUGUGGCCCAACAAGCUACCAGCACAAGUCUUUACAGCAUGUCCAGCAGACUGAGAGUCGAUCAAAUUGAAUGGACCAACAUCAAAAACAAUUUCACAUGCAUCGUUACUUUCUACAAUGGACAUGACUACUUGAGGUUACAAAGCAACAUCAAAUUUUCACCAGCCAAAAUACCACCGAGGGUAUAUAACACAGUGCAGUUUGGCUACUUGAUGUUUCUUAGCAAGAGUCUGCUGUAUGCGGUGUUUGUCAGCGUUAUGGUGUGGAAAUGCAAGGCUACAAAAGAGAAGACACUGAUGACAGAAAACGGAGACAUUAUGAUCAGCUAAAUAAUAUUCAGCAAAUAUGCCUAUAAAUAAAACUGUUAAGCACUGUCACAAAUUAGAGAAUUAUUAGCUAAUGUAUAUAAGUAUACCUCAUCCAGGGUGUACCCCGCCUUGUGCCCGGUGUUCCCUGAUGUAGGCUCCAGGUUCCCUGUGACCCAGUAGGAUAAGUGAUAUAGAAAAUGGAUGGAUAGAUGGAUGGAUGUACGUAUAUAAUUAUAUUGUGAUUUUAGUGCAUUAGUGCCAUUGUUAUAGCUGAGGAUAAAUUGCUCGCUAAUAUGUUCUGUACAACUGUACUAUGUAACCUUUCAUUAUUUGCUGUAUAUUUCUUACCAAACAAUAUCAUUUAGUCCUUUACUGACAUCAUUUAGUAGAUUUAUUAUUAUACAACAAACCAUGAACUUGCGCAUUAAUAUCCCAUAAGUAACAUUAGCAAAGUAAUUAACAAUUGUAUUCAUUCUUUUAAUAUUUAUGCAAAUAAUCCGCAUAACCAACACCUGAAUUAACUAAUGUUUAUACAUUCAAUAUAUAUUCAUACAUUAUACCUUCAAAGUAAAAUUUAGUCCACAAUGUUGAACAUGUACACCUUAUUUCACAUGUUUGCAGCUGAUAAUUGGCUUUAAAAGUAAAAGUUCAGAAUUGAGGCCUCAAUAUUUCAGUAUUUACGUAGUUUAUCAUUUAGGAACUGUAAUAUUUUUUGCUAAUUUGUAUGGACUUAUUUUUAAGUAAUUGAUUGAAUAAACGUUAGUCAGUGCUAGUGUAUUUAGUUAGCAUUUAACAAACCUUGAUUGAUACUGUACAUAUGUUUACUUACUUUGUUACUUUUAUAACCAUUACAGUUUAUUAAUAUCCUCUCAUGCAGUAAGCAAUGUUAAUUAAGGAACCCUUAACGUAAAUUGUUAUUAAAAACAUGUUUCUUAGUUUGAAGAGAACAAAAGCAAUACUGAUUAAAGCUGUGUUCUGCCUACACUUUCUUUCUACCAUAUUAUACUGCUCCCAUAUACUGUAAAUGAAUGUUUCAAUAAAAGAAAUAUUUGCUGCACUGCAUAAUGGCUUCUCAGAAACAGCACAUCUACUAAACUCUGUAUUUCUACAGUGGAAAAUCUGCAGAUUUGAAACUGUGUAGGUGUGUUCCAUGGGUCAUAUCUGAAUUUUCCAGUUUAACAUGAAAAUUAUUAAUACUGUAUGAUUGGCACAUUCACAGUAUGGUGAAUGACUAAUGGAAAUGUAGUUAAUAUGUAAAUCAGAUGUUAUAAUGCCAGGAAAACACAUGUGUAUGUGGAAAAUCACUUUUUUUUUCCAGUUUAACUGAAAUUGCCUUGUGACAAUAUAAUACAAAUGGCAAUUUUCUCAAUACCACAAAGCACCACUAAAGUCAAAACAUUACAUUCGUACAUGCACUGUUAUUUUUAUUCACUUAUCAAAAAUUUAAGAUCAACCCCUAUGCAAGGCCUAUGUGAUGUCAAAGUAUGUCAGUGAAGGCUGAGGGCAGGAUGUGGUAGCUGCUUGCUGAGAGCGGGAUAAAGAUGUAGCGGCAGACAAAGGAGAGGAUGUGGUAAGAGCAGUCUCAGAAUGAAGCUUUUGUUCCACCCAGUUCUUCACCACAGAGCUAACACCUGCUGUUGCAAACAAAGCCUCAGAGCUCACAGGGCUGUGCAAAGUAGAAAGCCUGCAGUGCAGAAACUGGUGCAGAGCAUUUUCAUUUGUGAAAUGUGUGUACAACAUUUUGAGUUUGCUCAUUGUUUGUGUCACACGUGUCAACACUUACGAGAUGUUUAGUCUGCCUAGUUUGAAACACAAGAGCAAAUAUUUUUGCUCUGCAAUAGAGACUAAUCAAAUGAUUAUUGCUUUGAAAUGUAAAUGAAGUUUGCAUGUUAUAUCUAGAUUGGUGUUUUUGUUCUUUGAUUUCUGAGUCAAAAGAAGGAUAUAUAGUCAUCUCAGUCAAAACAUGCCAGAUAUAGCCCUAUGAAAUAAAAACAUACAUGUUUGACUAAUCUGACUGAUUCUUUACUGUGAUAAAGGGCGCACACGAACAAACAUAGCUGUGGUCCUGUCAAUCAAGGUCAUGUGGCCUCAGACAGUAGUCGUAGUCCUAAUGAACAGUUGUGGUUUUUGUACAGCUCUGAGAUAACACUGGGAUGCUGUGGGGACUGGCUGCACAAUACCACACUGCAGAGCCGAUCUCAUUCAGUCCUUCAGACUCCAGAACAAUAUGAAGCUUAUCAGGUCUAUGAGAUUUAAACUGACCUUCACUGGAUGGAUUCACUGAACCAGCAUUUAUAGAGUAGAAUACCAGUGUAAACCCUUCUGCAGGAGUCCAGCGGUACCAGUAAAGAUAUGGGUCAUUAGUACCACUUAUGGCACAGGAGACCUUUAGUGAUGAUCCUUUUGAAAGAACCAGGUCCUCUGGGUCCUGAUGGACCUGUAUGUGCUC